GUGACGCACCAAUACGGACGGCGGUGCUGAGUGGUGAAGAGGACCCCAUAGCGGCGCGGUUUAACCCCCCCCAUUUUUUUUGUCUUCACUUUCCAACGGCUUAAACCACGUGACGAGGACUUGAGCAGACCGGGCUGGGCUAGGCUAGGCCUACCUAAGGCCUUCUGUCUGGCUUGACCAGACAGGCCCAGGGAAGCCAGAAGGUGGACCUGUCAUUGUCGCUUAGCAACAUCCACAGACUUUCCAGCUGCAUCUCAUAGUUUGAAACGUCGCACCAGUCUGAUUGUCCAAGUCCUUCCAUGUUGUGGUUGUGCCGCCCUGGAUGUUGGAAGCAGGAUGGAUUCGGAGGUUAAUUUGACCACAGGAAACUUAUUGCAUUGCUUGCAACUGUUCUCCUUCGACUGGCUGUCACUGCUCCCCUCCACAGUCUUUAAGCCCCUUCCUUCAACCUGGGGCAUCCCUAAGCCUUCUAAGGAAGGACCUUAUAGGAACUGCAGGACAUCUUGUUAAAGUGGAAGCAGAGUGGAAAGGUUCUUGUUGAACAAACUAACAAAAUCCAACAACAAAAAGAAGCCUGCUGCUGAUUGAUUUUGAUUGUAAUAGAGAGAUUGCAAUUUGAGAUCUGACUUUUUUAUCUUGCAAUUAUUUUUUUUCAAUUAUUUCCAAAGGAAAAAAAAAAGAUAAGAAUUUAUACAUCUACAUUUUCGUUUUUGGUGAUCUUAGCUCUCAAGUAUGUCGGAAAGCAAAGCUAACAGCAAAGCAGUGAAAUUCAUUGCUCCACUUUCGCCUUCCACUUCUGCCUCCCCCUGUCCAUCACCUAAAACCCCCCACAAGAAUGUGAAUGGCUCUGCCAGUUCAGACACGCACGUUGCGGAGAAGAUCAUCGGGGAGCCAGAGGUGCAGCGGCGGCGCCACACAAUGGAUAGAGACUCAAAAACAGCUGAGCACCGUUUUUUCCGACGGAGUGUCAUUUGUGACUCAAAUGCCACAGCUUUGGACCUGCCCAGCAAAGCAGCUGUGAUCCUCACCUCACCCCCAGACUGUGAAGGGACUACCACCUUCUUGUCCUCCAAGCUGUUAGGGCAUGGGGGACAAGAUUCUGAAGGCAAGGGUGAAAUAAGAGGUUCCUAUCUGCAGGGCACCAGCCUUCAUUCUUACCUUAGUGGGGCAGCUGAACAAGAAUACGUAGAGAAGACUGAUUCAAGUGUGAACGUGUGCACAAUUGCUGUUCCCACCGGUAGCAAUGUUGCCUAUGGCACAGACGGAACUGGGAAGGAGCUUGUCCCAACAGAAUUGGAUGUUGCAGACGAGACGAAAGGCAAAAAAACGGAUGUUUUGUUGCGUUCUAGAGGGACUCAGGAGACACAGCAGGUGGAAAAAAAUGGAACGGUGAUUGAGCAGGUAGUGCCCAUCAGCAGUCCAAUAGAAGAGAAUAGGGAGGAUAGGGAAAAAGAGGAGGAGAAAGGGCUCGCGAAAGCACGAGCCGAGCAGAGGGAAGCUGAGAAACGAGUACAAGAGGAUAUAGAGGAGGCAGAGACGAAAGCUGUGGGGACCUCUCCGGAUGGACGCUUCCUAAAAUUUGACAUUGAGAUUGGACGAGGGUCUUUUAAAACUGUGUACAAGGGGCUGGAUACUGAGACUACCGUGGAGGUGGCGUGGUGUGAGCUACAGGACCGUAAACUGUCUAAGUCGGAGCGUCAGCGCUUUAAAGAGGAGGCGGGGAUGUUAAAGGGGCUCCAGCAUCCCAACAUAGUUCGCUUUUAUGACUCUUGGGAAGGACCCUGCAAGGGGAAGAAAUGCAUCGUUCUCAUCACGGAGCUCAUGACAUCCGGCACAUUAAAAACUUACCUGAAGCGCUUCAAGGUGAUGAAAAUCAAAGUUCUGCGCUCGUGGUGCCGACAGAUCCUCAAAGGCCUUCACUUCUUGCACACAAGAGCUCCGCCCAUCAUUCACAGGGACCUGAAAUGUGACAACAUCUUUAUCACGGGACCAACAGGUUCGGUGAAGAUAGGAGACCUGGGUUUGGCUACACUUAAAAGGGCUUCCUUUGCCAAGAGCGUUAUAGGUACCCCUGAGUUUAUGGCUCCAGAGAUGUAUGAAGAGAAGUAUGAUGAAUCUGUAGAUGUCUACGCCUUUGGGAUGUGUAUGCUGGAGAUGGCUACGUCUGAGUAUCCCUAUUCUGAAUGUCAAAAUGCUGCCCAGAUCUACAGACGGGUUACCAGUGGAGUGAAGCCUGCCAGUUUUGACAAGGUUGCAAUUCCUGAAGUGAAAGAGAUUAUAGAGGGUUGCAUCAGAACAAAUAAGGAUGAGAGGUAUGCCAUAAAGACCCUGCUAAACCAUGCGUUCUUCCAAGAGGAGACGGGGGUCCGGGUUGAACUAGCAGAAGAGGAUGACGGAGAAAUGAUUGCUAUUAAACUGUGGCUCAGGAUAGAAGAUGUUAAAAAGCUAAAAGGCAAAUACAAAGACAACGAAGCCAUCGAGUUCUCCUUUGACCUGAUUCGAGAUGUUCCAGAAGAUGUGGCUCAGGAAAUGGUUGAGUCUGGAUAUGUUGCUGAGGCUGACCAUAAGACCAUGGCCAAGGCCAUCAAGGACAGAGUGUCUCUGAUUCUGAAGAAGAGGGAGCAGAGGAAGCUUGUACGAGAAGAACAGGAGAAGAGAAAACAGGAAGCAGAACAGCAGCAGCAAGAGACAUUAAGAUCUUCACAGACACAGGCAGAGCUGGAUGAGACUGAAGCGUUGGAGCAGCAUCAACUUCGAAACCAGAGGACCAACACCUCCUACACAUCCGAAGGAGGCGUGGACAGCGGCUCCUCGGUUUUCUCCCCGGACUCCCCCCACCCCGGACAGAUGACAAUGUCCUACAGUAGCCUGCCGUCGUCCCAACCCCCCUCCCAGCCCCAGACCCCAUACCCCCCGACACCCUCUUGUCCCCAACAGCACCCAUGCUACCCCCAGCCGCACCAGUCAAUGCCUGUAUCCCGCCCCCAUCGAAGUCGUAGCAUGUCUAUUUGCGUGCCCCCGUCUUCCUACUCUUUCUCUCAUCCUCCUUCGUCCUUGGCCAUUCCUCCAAAACAGCCUGCCACACCCCCUCCAGACCUGUCCUCCUACACCUCUACCACACCCCCCUGCACACCCCUCUCAGCUGAGGGGGACACUUUUGCGGGGCGCCUCUCCAAGGCCCUGGAGGCUGUCCUACCCCUUCACUCAGCCUCUUCUCAGCCCGGGGCCAGGCAACGGAGGGCCAGUCUACCUGCCCUGUUCUCCACCCCUCAGCAUUCAAUGCCACACCCCUUCACUGGAGGAGCGAGUUCAGGCGGAGGAGGUACGGGGGCGAGCACCCCACUUCCAACUCUCCCAGACCCUCCAAGCAUUUUCUUUCCUUCGAUCCCCGAACGCCCCGUUUCCUUUUCGCCUCCUCCCACCGGGCCCCCAAAGGGGUACAACACUCAAAGACGUAAAAGUACCUCCAUUCUCGAGGCGCACACCAGACAUUUCCAGCCUGCCUACACCCGCUAUGGAAGCAGUCUCCACCCUUUUUCUGGAAUGGAAGGAGCAGAGACUCCCUCUUUGUUGAUGGUCAACCCCAGUUUUGCUGCUCCAAGACUUGCUGUCGGGGAGCCUCUCCAUCCCCCUGGACAAUCUGACUCAAGUUUUUACGGAUAUAAAGAUUUAAGAGCAGAACACGAAGAAACAGUGAGGAGGUUAAGUCUGAAUCAAGCGGCCUUGUUGGACCACUAUGAAGCAAUUGCAUAUGGAGCGUACCCAUUGGCUGCUCACCAGCUUAGCCACUUAAGUUUUCAUCAUCAGAGGCAAGCCGCAGCUGCAGCUGCUAGUUUGGGUUUUGAUCCUGGUCCUCCACCCCAGCCAGGGUUUUUGCACCCUCACAUCUUGCAAAGAAUGAGCGCACACAGUCCAAUACCUCCAUCCAUACCCCCAAUGAGCACAUCAACAGCUGGCUCAGUCUCUUCUUCAUCAUCUGAUGGAUGCUUUCCUCCACCGCAUGCUACAUCAUCCUCCUUCCCCAUAUCCGCGCCUCCAGUGAUGGCAGAGGCCCCUCCACCUGCCGGAAGUGUUUUUGAUUUUCAUGUUGCUGCAGCUGCUGCAUCUGUCGCCGGAGAUCCAAACCUCUUCGCAGCCAGAGUUUACAGAGCUCGAAGGAGUUCCAUGGACCUCCCUUUGGAGGACAGCUCUGGGACUGGAUCUGGUGGUUCAGGAACAUACAGCCGUCUGCAACCGGUGACUGAGGAGUUGUAUGCUUACAUCAGUCCAGAGCUCCCCUUACCUCCUGGAAGUCUUCUUCUUCACCAUGCCGGUAUGACCACCAAGGACAAAAGCCCAGAACCGUCCAGCGACUCUAUGGCCUCCUCUGAUGCAGGAGAGUUUCAGUCACCACCUCCGCCUCCUCUCCUUCCUCCUUUUGACUCCUCAGAUGCUCAGUCCAUCCCUCGCUCAUCCUCCAGUGCACAGUACGAGCCAUCAGGGGGAGUACUUCACACAGACCCCCAAGGGCAUCCACCUUCACUGCAAAAGUUUUUCCCCCCUACGCCAUCGACUGAUCAACCGCUUGGUGGGAAGCCCUCAACUCAACUAGAGUGUCUGAUGCAGAGUACCUGGGCCCGGCAUGGAGGGGUGGUACCAGCCCAACUGGAUAUGACAUACCAUGAGUCAUUGCUGGCCAUGCAGGCUGCUAACUGCCCUCUGCAGGUUCAGACCCUCACACCUCAGGCGAGUGCAGGACCCCCUCCCAUUUCUGCCACAACGCAGCCCGCCCCCGCUGGGCCAGCCCAGCAGGUUGUGUCGUCUAGUCACUGUAGUACAUCUCUACAGAGCCCAACGCACACAAGUCAGUCGCAGGCGCCUGCACAGCCAAGUGCAUCUCCAAAUACCUCUGCUUUUCCCUUGGCGACCCUUCCUACUCCUAUUGCCUUGCCGACUGCAACCGUGGCCUCCCCUUCCUCUCCUCUACCAGUCCCUGUUGGGGUCGUGUCCACAAUUAUCUCUCCUCCUGCUCCUCUUCCUCCUCCUCCUCCUCCUUCUGUGCCCACACCUGUGCCUCAGCUUUUGGCCACCAUGAUUCCUAUCAUCAGUGUAGUCUCCGCCCCACCUGACUAUCCUAUGGAAGGCCUUGCAAAGUCGAGCUCUCAGUCUUCAGAACUGUCGCUGUCCCAGCUGCUGCUGCCUCAGCUCCUCUCAUCUUUAGAGAGUGGUCAUUCAGAGGCGUCGGGGCUGAGCGACGGCAACGAAGGCGGAGGGGGCGGCCAGCAUGAGGGUCGCUCCAGCAAACGCAAGCCCAAGCGUUCCGUACGAAGCCGAUCGCGCCACGAUAAGAUGUCCAAGGCCAAACUCGAUGUGCUCAGUAUUUCAAACCGGGGAGACAGAGUAGCUGAGUGUCAGCUGGAGACUCACAACAGGAAGAUGGUAACAUUUAGGUUUGACCUGGAUGGAGAUAACCCUGAGGAGAUUGCUCAGAUAAUGGUCGAGAGUGAGUUCAUCCUGGAGAGUGAGAGGGAGUCGUUUAUCGAGCAGGUCAAAGAAGUAAUCCAGAAUGCAGAUAAAAAAGGUCUGGAAAGAGAUCCAAACUGCCAGUCGACAGGUGACAAGAAAGAACAGAUCCCUGCAAUAUCUGUCCCUAUGCCAGACAUCCCCUGUAGUCCAUCAAAACAGAUAGUGUACUUGGGACGGAAGUUCAUUGUUAGCCCUGUACCUGAAGCCAGGCUGAAGGAGCUGGCCUUUACUUCCCCUCCUCCCUCAUCCCUUUGUGUUGCAGACACCGCUCCGUCUCAGCCUCCAGUUCCAAGUUUGAGUUUGUCCCAGUCUGCCGGAGCAGUCAGCUUACAGCAAGCCUUCUCUGAGCUCAGACAGAACCAGUUUGACCCAGGACCUAGCACUGCCCCACCCUCCAUUCCCUCCAUUCCCCUUGUCCCAACUCCCCAUCCUCUCCUGCAGCCUGUGGCAGCUGUAGUGUCUUCACGCUGCAGCACGCCUGUUUCCUCUAUUGAUGGACUUUCUAUUUUAAGCCAGGCGAAAGAACAGGUGCUGGACGUCACUCAUCCUCCUCUUGCACCUUCUUCCACCCCUUCACCUGCACCCCUUGCCUGUCAAAGUCCCGCUUCUUUAUCUCCUCCUGCCUCUGGGGUGAAUCAGUCUAUCCCUCAGUCACAGCUGAUUUCUCAACCAGUGAUGCCAUCUUUGUCCCAAGCACAGGUUCAGCCCCAGGCUUUCCUGCCGCCCUUACCAGUUUGUCCUGUCACUGCGACUUCAGUACCUCUCACUUUAACAAUAGCCAGCAUUCCUUCAACAGGGCUCGUCCCCUCUCCUCCCACCCAGAUUCCAGUAUCUUCUCCUCCAUGUUCCACUCUUCCAGCCAGAGAAGUCUCGUCUAAUCAUCCAUCUCCCACUUCCUCCCUGACAUCUGCCCUAACCACCUCCCUCAUCUCGACCACAGUCAUCCAAAGCCCCCAGCUAGUGCCUUCCACCCCAAAUCUCUGUCCCUCCAGCUCGUCCCCUGUGGAACUGCCACCUGUGGUCACCAACUGCUCUUUGGUCCAACCAACCUGGGUCCACACACAGCCGUUGCCCCCUGACCUUCCUGGGCAGACACACACUCCCUGUCUGGACUGUGACACAAGAGGUGAGGCUGCCUCCGACUCUCUGGGAAAACCAGAUGAUAUUCAAAUUCUGGACAAAAAGCUGAGAACUCUGUUCAUGGACCUUGGAGCAUCUGCCCAGGGGGACGUCUUAGCUGCUGAUCUUACCUCAGCCGUCUCCGUGCCUGGUACUUCAUCCCCUGUUUGCCCUUCCUCGAGCUCCAUCAUUCCUGUCACCACUCCCAACUCCAUUCAGCAGGCUCCUCAGCCUCCUUCCAGCCUGGCCCUGGGGCCACUAAGCUCCCCUGCUCCAAUACGAGGACCCGGGACUCCCAUCUCCAACUCUGCACCAAGUGUCAUACCUUCCUCUUCCAUAAGUCAGACCACUCCAUCCAAACCCCCCCUAUCCAGGCUUCCGGCCACUUCUCCUCCUUCAGAACUCCUGACCUCCUUGCCUGGACCUUGUCUAAUACAGUCCCAGCAGCCUCUGGAAGAUCUGGAUGCCCAGUUGAGGAGAGCUCUGAGCCCGGAGACGGUUCCUGUCGGCUCUCACACACCGGCCUCUCUCAGUAGUGUUUCUUCAAUAGGACCACCAAUUCCUUUUUCUUUGGCAGAAGAAAGGGCGUUUUCUCCUGCUCCUCCUUCAGUUGGUGGAAGAAAACUGGGAAGAUUUGAGGUAUUACCAGCUGCCGAGGAACCUUCCGUCCAGCAGCCAACCUGCACCGACUCUUCCUCUACCACCUCCUCCACUUCAUCCUCGUCCUCGUCCUCAUCCUCAUCCUCCUCCCUUCUUUCCAGCCCAGAGAACACUUUGCACAAAAACUCCUCGUCUGUUCUGAGGGGAGAAGGCAGACGAGUUGGGGAUGUUGUGGAUGGAUUCCUCCAAAGGACAUCUACGGGAUCAUAUCAGACCUCUCCUUUCACCUCCCCCUCCCCCUCCCCCAAACCGGCUGCUGUCACGGGACGCACUCAGGUUACUUCUAACCCAGAAUCCCGGGUGGGCAGGUUCUCUGUGAGCCGAGCCAACGAGCAAAGCAUCGAGUCCAAACUGAACCCUCCACCUACUGCGCAGACCGCUAAUGGACCCAGUCACCCGGUCCAAGAUUUGAGCCCAGGAUCCCAACACAAGACCUCCUUACCGAUUCUGAACACCAACUCCUACAGUAACUCCUACAUCAGCAGCGACAACGAUUCAGAGUAUGAGGACGAGGACUUCAAACGGGAAGUCAACCGCCUCCGAGAAAAACAUAUGCGUGAGAUCCAAGCGCUCCACGUGCGGCAGAAAGAGGAAGUAGAAACUCUAUUCACCAAAUUGGGAAAGGCUCCUCCUGCAGCUGUCAUCCCUCCACUUAUCACUUUGACGGGUCGGCGGCGUCGACCCACCAAGAGCAAGUCCUCAAAGUCCUCCAGAGCCGGCUCCACGCACGGCAGCAAGAGUCCACUGCAGCCAGACAGCACUUUAUCCGCUCAGAGCGCCCCGACCAUGUGUGCCGGCCAGCUGGCUGCGUUAGCCGAUUCAGGAGGUGGCACCGUUCUCCAGCCUCUAAAAACGUCUCCCUCCAGCGACAUCUUGUGUUCCACUUACACCAGCGACGCUGCUCUGUCUGUGCCCAGCCUGUGCGCUCCGUCCCCAGGCUGUGCAAAGUUCAGCUGGGGCUCAGAGCGUUUGGCCUUCAAGCCCGGUGGCAGAAGAACGCGCUUUCUGAGUACGCCCUGCUUGGCUCUUUGGAAGAUGGUGAAAAAAGUCUGCCCCUGCAACCAGCUCUGUAGGACGAACAGCACAAACGCAGUGGGUGGUUCUGGUCAAAGCCAAGAUGGCUCCCAGUCUUUGCCGGCCAGCAUAUCCGCACCCCACCAGAGGAAAGGAACCUUCACAGAUGACCUCCAUAAACUGGUGGACAACUGGGCCAGAGACGCCAUGAACCUCUCACAGGGGAAGCGCAGUGCCAAGCAGCAGCAGGCCCCAACACAGGGACACAGCUAUGAGGUUAUCCAGUCAGCCGGUCUGAGCAGGAAAUUCUCAGCUCCCAGCCAAUUAUGUCCCAGCAGUUUAGGCGGGUCCGCCCACCUCCCUGCAAACCUCGCCUCCGCUACCUCUCUCGCAGCCCGCAAGGGCUCCUUGUGCCACCCUCCAGCCUCCUCCACUCCACCCACACACUUCAUCCACUACACCCCGACUCCUGCCUACAGCGCACAAUGGUCCGGCCCAGCUCUCAGCCUGUCAAACGCGCCUCCGGCACCGGUGCCGCCUCUGCUGGUGAGCACCUCUCAGCCUCUGGGCCCCUACCCCACCCCACAGGGCCAUAUUCCAGGGCACCCCCCUCUGCAGGCUUUCCAUAUGAGCAACACAAUGCAGAAGUCAGUUAGCAGCCCGGGAGGACCCAACUUGAGGACAACGUAGGGCUCGGGAUGUGGACUGCUACCACCUGAAAGGAAGUGAACAGGAGCGUCUCUUGGACUGGGAAAAAAAACUGAUGGAACUGAAGGGGGGGGGGGUUAGUUCUGGACCGGAUCAGGAAGAGGAACGAAAAAAGGAAAUGCCUCUAAUGGACAAAUGAAAGAAAGAAGCGAUCUGGUCCUCUCUUCUUUGCAUGUGUGAGAAGAUGCCACAGACACACACAUGUGUGCACACACAUGCACAAUCUUCCUCCCUGCUCUGUGAGACUGACAGCUUUGCCAAAAGAUCAAACAAAAAGGAAAACAUGAGUGGUGUGCAAUGUUAAAAGGCCAAAGAGGUUCAUUGAGGGUCUUCUGGUAAAUUAGAAGCUGCAGGGAUGAGGAGGUUCUUUCACAUCAGUCAAAGGAGGAGAGGAAAAACAAAGUCUUUGGUCCCUAGAGAUAGCUAAAGUCCUAAAAAAAAGCUCUCAAGAAUAAUGGUGGAUGCCAAAAUGAAGCUCCUCCUCACAGCUAACAGGGAGGACACACGUUCAAAUGUUCUGUAAUUAAAGUCCUUAUACAAUUAAAAGAAAAUAUUUAGAGCAGAAAAUGGGUCCAGGACGUCAUUUUAUCAAAGCACAAACUAAGCAGAUGCACAUCCGCAUCACUCGUAGCCCUCAGGGUCUCCUCUGUUCGUCCCUCUGACUAGAGAUUGAGAAUGGAGGAUGGACAGAGGAGAAACGGGGAGCAGAAGUGCACCGAAACGUGUGUUUACCAUUUCCCUGCUCACUUUCUGACCGUCCUGGAGCCCCGCCUCCACAUCCACCACUGUUCCUACAUGCCUCUGUUCUCUGACCAUCUGAAGCAAUAUCAGCAGUACGACAAAAACUCACCAGAAAAAGAAUAAAGACACGUGGCCUUGUUAUUAGAGUAAUAUCAGUGCUUGUACAGUUUACUUUUUAGAAUGUCGCCUAUGAUGAUUCCAUUUUUUUUUUCUGUUGGGUUUGUUUGGCUGAAAACACACACACACCAAACGCAUGAGACGGUUUUUUCAAGUAGAGAAGCAGCAGAAGUUUACCCAUCAUCCAUUUUUAGUGUCAUAACUUAGUUUGGGUUGAAUGCAGUGUACAUGAUUGUUGCUAAUGAUUAUUUAAAAAGACGCAAAACAAAAAAAAAACCGUGUUCUGUCAACGGACCUGUUUUCUGUGCACAUCGCUGUACGAUGUGGAAACACUGUGAUUAUUGUUGUUUAUUAGCAAAUGUUGUUGGACGACAUUCGUUUUUGAUGGGGGGGUUGAUAGAGGAAAAAAGCAUUCAGAAAGCAGUUUGGAGUCCUUUAACUUUCACUUCAGCUGUUUUUUUUUUAAAAUGUGAAAAAAAAGUUCUUUUUUUCUCCUCGCUCCUGCUUUUGGUUCGAGGACACGCCUCCAAACAAAUGCCUUACCGUUCGUCGUCGCACGCGAUCGAAUCGAAGGUCAACUGGUGAAACAAACGCCAUAACACAGCAGAUUAGUUGAAAUUAUGAACAAAAUCAAGCUAGCUAUUUUUUUCCUAAUACAGUACUUGUAUAUCGACACUUUAAGUAGCCCCCCUACUUUAUUAGCCUUUUCCCCGGGUUCUGUUAAAUGAAUGUAUAAACCAAUGGUGUCCACUUUAAUGUACUUGAAACAAAUCUUUUACUGUCUUGGCCCCCUCCCCACUGCCCAGUUUCCCUUAGAGCCUCUGGUUUGUCUGGAGGAACUCGUAGUGCCUUGAAUCCGUUAUGUCACUUCUUUUUGUUUUUUUAAAGUUGGAAUGUCCAAACGGGAUUUUGUGGGUGUUGGAUGAGGCUGGUUUGGGAUAGUUUAGGAAUGUUACUCCAUCCGUUGGAUGUAAAGGUUUAAAUCCUAAAAACAAAAGAUGUGUCUGGUGCCGUUUUAGACCAAGCGUGACGUCUGAGUACCGCAGUCACCUUUUCCAUCAUUUGUGUCGAUUCUGUUGCUUUCUGCUUUUUCAGACUUGGUAAAGAUGUAUCUGAAGCUCGGCCCGCUCCGUACUUGGGAGGCAUUGAUCUAAGCCUCUUAUGUUCCCCAAAUGUAAUCUUCAAUUUUUUGCAUGAAUGUCAGGCUUCCAUCACACGAUUGAUUGUUUUUUGUUUUAGUCUCAAAAAUGUGUGUUGUUUACCAUUUAUAUUUGAAAUUGGUUUAAAUGUCUUCAAAUAAACGGAAACUAUUUAACAUUUUCCAUCAAAAAAAUCAAAUUAGAUUUUGAAAAACACAACUUUUCUAGUCAUUCAUAAUGUUUACUUCUAUCUUGUUCUUGUUAAGUUGAGGUGACCACCAAAAAAAGAAAUCAGUGUUUUCUUUAUAGAAAAGUUUUGUUAAGCAAAAUAGUUGUCAAAAAAGUCUGAUUGGAAUGAAGAUGCUAACGGAUGUGCUCAGCUGUUCGUCCUUCAUUUGCAGGGAUUUCUGCGAGUUCCUGUUGUGAAAUCUUUGUCUCAGAUCUGGCACCAACUUGGAUGUCAAAGGUCACGUCUCUGCUUUUCCGCUGACAUUAGAUGUUACAUUUUACUUUAAAAUACACGAAAAAAAGUUUUCAGAAACAAAAAUGUCCAGAAAUCCCCCCCCCCAGCGAUGCAACAUUUUUACUACUAAGCGAGUUUGGUUGAAGCUGUGAAAAGUCCUAGAGCCACUUUGCUUUCUCUCAUCAGAUGUUUGAUGAUGUCUGGAUUUGGUGCCAUUUGUCUUUUUUUUGCAAACGUCAAAAGCAAAAACCCCUGAAAACAAGUCGACCUGCUUUUACUCACUGGAGCUCCUUGUUUUCCAGGCAGCAUGGCUUUCAGUACUGAUGAUUUUCCCCUCUUAAUCUUUUUUUUUUACGUCUCUACCACAUAAUUACUUACAAUGCAAUGGCUGCGAUGCAGUAAUAUUAAAGUGACGGUUACUUAUCAAACCAUUACAUUGCUGUUGGGUUUGACCUCAGUUUUUGCAACUCCUGUAGUUUUUGUUGGUGGGCUCUUACUGUGAAAGGCUUCAGGUGUUCUUAUUGUGAAGGGGCCUGAAGCAUUGGUUACAUUAUCGCUUGCAUUAAAAUCCAAAAUAGUAUUUUGUUGCUCUUUUUACAGUUUUAGGACUUGUUUUUUGCUUUUUACUGUAAACAACAAGACACAAUAAAAGCCUCUGAAUGCAUCACCCAAUUAACACAAACACACACUGUGGAUACUGUGCGUUCCCUUGCUGUUUUAUGUUGUUUUUUUUGUAGCUUAAUCCUGUGAAACCAUUUUGCUGUUACUAAAAGCAUUUUGCAAUAGUUUUUGUUUCCUCCGAUGUGCUCACGUUUUCAAGUGUCGUUUUAAAGUCUCUAAUAACGCCUAAUUUAAUUCAGUGGGUUUUUCUUUUUCUGUGUUGUGUUAGUCGUUGUAAAAAGGUGGUCCUUUGAAUGGAUGAGUGAAAGAAAACGACAUUAAAAGUACCUUUAGGGAGUCGUAGGCAGCCUUUAACGGUAUGGUUUGCACUAAGUAUAGAGUGUUCGAGCUUCAUAUUAAAAACAACAAACUUUGCGCUACAGUACAAUGAAAUUUGUUACUUUAUUUGUAAAAACCUAAUAAAGAAAAGUUGUUUAAAAAAA